AUGCCCGUAGGUGAAGUAGCUAUUUUAGGUGUUGGGAUGCAUCCCUGGGGAAAAUGGGGACGCAAUUUUGUUGAAUAUGGUGUCCAGGCUGCCCGCGAGGCAUUAAACGACGCGGGUGUGGCUUGGCAAGAUAUUCAAUUUGUCGCGGGUGCCAAUACGAUUCGCAAUGGUUAUCCUGGUCAAGUCUCUGGGGCGACCUUUGCCCAGGCUCUUGGGUGGAAUGGUUGCCGAAUCUCAAGUUCCUAUGCUGCUUGUGCUUCUGGGUCUAUGGCGCUCAAUUCUGCGCGUACACAAAUUUUAGCUGGACUUGCAGAUGUAGCACUUGUCAUUGGUGCGGAUACCACACCAAAAGGUUUUUUAGCACCUACUGGCGGUGAUCGUCCCGAUGAUCCUGAUUGGUUAAGGUUUCGUUUGCAAGGGGUUACUAAUCCUGCUUAUUUUGCUUUUGCUGCUCGUCGGCGUAUGGAUUUAUAUGGUAUGACCGAAGAUGAUUUAGCACAAGUAAAAAUCAAAAAUGCCAAGCAUGGUUUGCAUAAUCCCAAUGCUCGCUACAAAAAAGCCUUUACCAAAGAAGAUGUUCUUGCUUCACCUAUGGUUGCAGACCCUUUGCGACUACUACAUAUUUGUGCCACAAGCGAUGGGGCAGCAGCACUCGUUAUUUGUAGUUUAGAUUAUGCCAAAAAAUUAGGAGUGCAAAACCCUGUACGCAUUGCUGCAAUAUCUACAGCAACGCCGACAUAUCCUAGUACGCAAGUUGAAAUGCCUGAUUUAGCGACAGAUUCAAGUUUUGUUGUACCUGAGCCAAGUGCCCAGUUUAAGAAGGCUGUUGUUGAUGCUGCUUAUGAAGAAGCGGGAUUAGGGCCAGAGGAUAUUGAUUUAGCUGAAGUGUAUGACUUAAGUUUAGCCAUGGAGUUAGAUUGGGUUGAAAACAUUGGUUUUGCUAAAGAAGGGCAGGCCGAGCAGUUACUUCGCAGUGGUGAUACCUCAAUUGGUGGUAAAAAACCUGUCAAUACAAGUGGUGGACUGGGAUGUUUUGGGGAGGCUGUACCGGCUCAGGCAAUUGCUCAGGUUUGUGAACUAACCUGGCAGCUACGGGGGCAGUCUGGAAGGCGUCAAGUCGAGAAUGCCAAUGUGGGGAUUACUGCCAAUCAAGGUCUUUUUGGUCAUGGAUCAUCGGUGAUUGUGAAAAAAUAA